AUGGUGGACACGCGCGCUAAUGACUUUGCCGGAACCAGCAACAACGCACGAAACCACCCCAGAAACCAACGCGGACCCGUCCCCACAGGGGCUGACAUUUCUAAUAAUCCAGGACAUCAAAUUUUGGAGGGAUUAGGGCAAGAAAGGAACAAUCAGCAGAAUGAGAGGACUCGACUCUUUUCUAAGUUUCGAAAGCAAAGGCCCCCAAAGUUCACUGGUGUGCCGAACCCAAAGGUAGCUGAAAACUGGCUUCAGCAGAUAGAGAAAAUGCUAGACACCAUGGGCAUAACCGAGGCUGCUGAUAGAAUAGCUUUGGCAGUAUUCGAGCUUGAUGAUGAGGCUGACCACUGGUGGGAGUUAAUCAAGAACACUCGUGAUGUAGCGAGCCUAUCAUGGAACCAGUUCAGGGAACUGUUCCUAAAUAAAUAUUUUCCAAAUACGGUCCGUCGAGAGCGAGUCAAGGAAUUCCAAAACCUGGAACAAGGAAAUAUGACCGUGACCCAGUAUGCUGCAAAAUUUGAAGAACUAGCCCGUUACGCAAUUAGAUUUGUAGCAAAUGAUAAAGAGAAGGCAAGGAUGUUCGAGUGGGGGUUGGGCCUUACAAUCAGGGGAAGAGGUCUUCCGCAAUGA